AAGAUGAAAUUUUUUUUAUUUCUAGAGUUAAUAAACUUUUGUCACGGCUACAUUCUUUAUCCAUUCUUCUUUGAAAGAACUGUUGGAGAGUGUCCAGUAAGUAAACCAGGAUCUCAUGGAGGAGAAGCAACUAUGUUUCAGGAGCAAUGGGUGCACGGAAAAACUGGUGCUUGUGGUUUUAAUAAGCCAAAUUCUAAACUAGCCGAGGGGUUCUUUGCAGCUGUAGGCGCAGGGGACUGGGAUUCUGGAUUUGGUUGUGGCAACUGCGCAAAACUAAGAUACAAGGGAAGAAGCGUUGUAGUUAAUAUUGUAGAUAGAUGCUGGGGCUGUUCUAACGGUUGGUUUGAUAUGGGAGGUCCUGCUUGGAGAGAACUAACUGGAGGUGAACCUCCAGGACACAUCUAUGGAGUUGAAUCCAGCUGGAUUGAGUGCCCUGAGUCUCUGACUGGUGGCUCUAAUCUCAAUAUUUAUGUCAAGCCAGGCAGUCAUCCCUGGGAUGCUAGAUUCCAGCCUGUAGGAAAUAUUGCUCCAGUUACAUCUAUGAGUAUUGAUAUUGGAUCAGGAUGGCGUGAAAUGAAGAAAUGUGAAAACUUUAUGUUUUGUAAAGCAGCUGGAGGCACUAUUCCUGCAGUUUACAAGCUACGUGUUUCUUCACUAAAUGUCAAUAUAGAGAUUCAGCUCUCUGGUAUUCCUGAAGGGCAGUAUAUUGACACGCGGCAGAACAAUGGCGGACCAGAUUGUAAUCCGCCAAACCAAAUAAUCAUAAAUCCAUCAACUCAUGUUUCUACACAAUCUCCAGCUGUUUCCACACAACAGCCAACACCUCAUACCACUACAACCCAAACUGUCGUCGUCGGCCCAGGAAACUGUUCUGAAGAUGGAUUAUUUCCGGAUCCUGGGAGUUGCAAGGGAUUUAUUAAAUGUGCACAGGGUAAUUCAUAAAAAUGUCCUGCAGUGGCGGUUUGUACUUUGAUAUAGCAACCUACAAUUGCAAUUGGCCUUCAGCUACGGAUUGUGGAAUCCGUCCUUCUUAACCCUAACAAUGCCGGGGGCUUCUUGAAGUCCCCCCCCCUUUUGACUUACUCUUAUUGAAACUUUUGUCAUGUGUAUCAUAAGUUUUGAAAUUUGGAAAUGAGUUUUUUCCACAAACUCUAAUUUUUAAAUCCCUAUAUCUUUGCAACCCGAUGUA